UGGGGGCAGAAAUUAGCUGGGCACCAGAUUAAGCUCAACAGUUUUUAUGUUUGAACUUGGCUGCAGCAACGGCCACGAAUCUCGACUUGUACGUUGGAAGGCGUUGAAGUUGAAGCUACGAUCUUAAAUAUAGAUUAAAAUAGCUUCAUAUCCACAUCCAGCCCCGGAACAAAAGUUACAUCCAAACGUUCUUUGUCAUAUUUUCAUCUGUCACUGGUGAUGACAUUAUUCCACAAGCAGUAAGAAAAUGCUAAACAUCUAUCCAUUGCGCCGGCACUUGAUGACUUAUCCCUAUCCUCAAUUUAUUGGGAUCAACAGAGUUGCAGAGCUAUACAGUACCUAGCAUUAAUUUUUCUUUUACUCUCUUAGUUUGGACUUGAUUUCAAUUUUAGAGCGAUGAAGGUUUGAGAUUUUGGGUAUUGGCUAGGGUAAAGUACGUGACUUGAGCUGAAGGAGUCAUUUCCAAUAUCUGUGUACAUUUUUGGCAAUCACGGUAAUCACUAAUCGAAGCGGCAUUAUUGUUUUCAGAGAUUUUUGAUUGCACAAAGGCAAAGGAGGCUAAGAGGAAGAUAAAAAUGAAGCUGGAUUCUGGUUGGAUAGCAGCUAGAUGGAAGGAAGUAAGCUAUUCAGGAGAGGAGCUGACUACAACUCAUCCUCCUUCGCAAUCCAUAAAGCCAUGGAUGGAGGCACUCGUACCAGGAACUGUUUUGGGGACCCUUUUGAAAAACAAGCUAAUACCUGAUCCCUUCUAUGGAUUGGAGAAUGAGGCUAUACUUGAUAUUGCUGAUUCAGGAAGAGAAUACUACACUUUUUGGUUCUUCACAAGAUUUCAAGCUCAUAUGUCUGGAAAUGCACAUGCAUGGCUGAAUUUCAGAGGCAUUAAUUACUCUGCGGAGGUCUACUUAAAUGGACACAAGAAUGUAUUGCCAAAGGGUAUGUUCCGGAGGCACACAUUAGAUGUUACAGAUAUUCUUCAUAGUGAUGGAGACAACUUUCUUGCGGUUCUUGUUUAUCCACCUGAUCAUCCGGGAUGUAUUCCAAUCGAAGGAGGCCAAGGUGGAGAUCAUGAUAUUGGUAAAGAUGUGGCAACGCAAUAUGUUCAGGGCUGGGAUUGGAUGGCCCCUAUAAGGGAUAGAAAUACAGGCAUUUGGGAUGAGGUCUCCAUUUCAUUUACUGGGCCAGUAAAAAUAUCUGAUCCCCACCUAGUUUCAUCAUUUUUUGAUGACUUAAAGAGAGUAUACUUGCACACAACAGCCGAGUAUACAAAUGCAAGUUCACUAGCUGCAGAUUGCACCCUAAAGGUGCAAGUUUCAAUUGAAUUGGAGGAUGGGAUGUGUUUGAUUGAGCAUGUUGAGACACAAGAGUUAGCAAUUCCAGGUGGCACCAGUGUUUUAUUUACUUUUCAACCACUUUUCUUUUAUAGGCCAAACUUAUGGUGGCCAAAUGGCUUGGGUAAACAAGCCUUAUACAAAGUGGACAUCACUGUUGAUGUAAAAGGGUAUGAAGAGUCAGAUUCUUGGAGUCAAUUAUUUGGAUUUCGAAAGAUUGAUAGUCAUAUAGAUCCUGCAACUGGAGGAAGAUUAUUUAAAGUAAAUGGAGAACCUGUAUUUAUUCGAGGAGGAAAUUGGAUACUAUCUGAUGGCUUGCUACGGCUUUCAGAGAAACGGUAUGAAACAGAUAUAAAGUUCCAUGCUGAAAUGAAUUUUAAUAUGAUUCGUUGUUGGGGUGGAGGAUUGGCAGAGCGUCCAGAAUUUUAUCAUUAUUGUGAUGUAUAUGGUUUGCUGGUGUGGCAAGAGUUUUGGAUAACUGGAGAUGUUGAUGGGCGUGGCAUACCUGUUUCGAAUCCAGAUGGGCCAAUGGAUCAUAAUCUAUUUCUUGAUUGUGCGAGGGAUACAAUCAAGCUCUUGCGCAACCAUGCAAGCUUGGCCUUAUGGGUUGGAGGUAAUGAGCAACACCCACCAGAGGACAUUAAUACAGCUCUGAAGAAUGACCUUAAGCUGCAUCCUUUCUUUAAGUUACCUGGAGUUGACACAAAUUUGAUGGAUUCACAUUCGUGGACCAAAUCUUAUGAAGAUCCUAGCCGAUACCUGGAUGGGACUCGUUUAUACAUCCAGGGAUCAUUAUGGGAUGGAUUUGCAAAUGGAAAAGGAGAUUUUACAGAUGGACCAUAUGAAAUCCAGUAUCCAGAAGACUUUUUCAAGGACAACUUUUACAAAUAUGGGUUUAAUCCAGAGGUAGGUUCUGUAGGGAUUCCAGUUGCAGCCACCAUAAGAAGAUCAAUGCCUCAAGAAUCAUGGCAAAUCCCGCUCUUUCAGCUCUCAAAUGGCUACAUUAUUGAAGUGCCAAAUCCUGUUUGGGACUAUCACAAGUAUAUACCAUAUUCUAAACCAGGAAAGGUCCAUAAUCAAAUUGUAAUGUAUGGAGAGCCAAAGAGCCUAGAUGAUUUCUGUGAAAAGGCACAACUUGUUAACUAUAUUCAGUAUAGGGCACUUUUGGAAGGGUGGACAUCACGGAUGUGGACAAAAUAUACGGGUGUCCUAAUUUGGAAAACACAAAACCCCUGGACGGGUCUAAGGGGUCAAUUUUAUGACCAUUUUCAUGAUCAGACUGCAGGAUUCUAUGGGGCCCGUUCGGCUGCAGAGCCUAUUCAUGUUCAACUAAAUCUAGCAACAUAUUUUGUUGAGAUUGUGAAUACGACAUCAAGCCCCCUCUCAGGAGUUAUAGUUGAUACAUCAGUAUGGGAACUGGAAGGGAGCUGCCCAUACCACAAACUCAGUAAAAGCAUAUCAGUGCCACCAAAAAAAACACUUCCAAUAUUUGAAAUGGAGUAUCCAAAGACAAAGAAUGCAAAGCCAGUUUAUUUUCUUGUCCUUAAGCUUCUAGAUAAGUCGAACUCAAACAUUUUAUCUAGGAACUUUUAUUGGCUCCAUUUGGCAGGAGGAGACUACAAGCCACUAGAGGCAUAUAGAUCUAAAAGAGUUCCAAUACGGACAUCUGCCAAAGUAACUUUGGUAGGACAAACAUAUAAAGCUGAAAUGAAAGUGCACAACCUCUCAAAAAUAUCACUAUCCGAAGGUCAGUCUUUCCUUAAUAUUGAACACCAUCACAACCAACAGGGACCCAUUAAGAUUGAGAAUAGUAAUACGAAACUGGAACCUGUAAAUGAGAAAACGGAGGGACUUCUUUCAAGGAUAUCAAGUCUUGUGCAUGCAAGGAAGGAAAAACAAAUGCAUGUGGAGACCAAGGGGGACCACUCAGGUGUUGCAUUUUUUCUUCAUUUUGCUGUACAUGCUACUACCAAGAAUCCCAAAACAGGAGAAGACGAACGCAUACUCCCUGUCCAUUACUCAGACAACUACUUCUCUUUAGUUCCUGGUGAGGUGUUGCCCAUUGAUAUUACAUUUGAAGUCCCUACAGGUACAGUACCGAAGAUUGUUCUUCAAGGCUGGAACACAAAUGGACAUUCACUGGCAGUGCAAGUAAAUAGACUUGAAUAGAUUUGUAGUAUACCAGAUUUUUACCAUACUGCACCAUAUUUCCCAUACUAUCAAUUUUUUUCAUAAUCUGUGCAUGUCAGUCCUGAAAUUGCAGCAGCGAUUUAUUAAAAAAUCCAUCUAGUAGGAUGGCUUGGUUAUUAAGUAUCCCCCAUCAGAAUUCAAUAAAGGAGCACAAGAUGUAAAGAAUCAUGUCUGGCUUAUUGCCGCGAAUGGAAAUGGAUGGCAGCAAAUAAUAUUGAAAUAUAUAUAAGUCCAGGGGAGAUCCAAACCCUGGAGGGUAAUCGAGGUUCUGAAAUAAUCAGUAACCGGAUUCUGUCAUGAUUUUAGAUGCUAAAUAAUUGAUUUGAUUAGCAGGAGGGUUGUUGUAAUCAUGGUAGCAGAAUUCUUAAAAACUUCAUGAUUGAUCACAAGUAAUUGUUUUACCACA